GGGCUGAAGAAAAUUUCAAGACAUCCCGAGAUAAAAUGCAUGUUUAUUGAACAAUAACGGAUAUACAAACACACGGCACCCCCCGUACACCUUCCUAACAUCGGUGCCUAUGAGAACUCUGCAGCUCUGCUACGAACCAGCACCAAGAGGAGAGAGCACGUCGGGCCAGUCUGAGCUGCUCUGCACUGACUUCCUCUUACAUUUACAACUGAUUUAAAGCAGAAAGUCCUCAAAUACUCAUCCUACUUGCUGUACAAGGGGGAUGGAAAUCUGCUGUGGUCUACUUACUUACCAAAAGGAAUCAGUUCCUCUAAAGAGCAUCGAGGUGGAGGUGGAGGUGAGGGACCAUGUGGCUACAGUGGUCUCCACUCUGAACUAUGAGAACAAGGAGGACAAACCAAUAGAGGCAGUUUUUGUCUUCCCUCUGCCUGGAGAUGCUGCUGUCUGUCAUUUCAGUGCUAAGAUUGGACAAAAAGAGAUUGUAGCUGAGGUGAAGGAGAAACAGAAGGCUCGUGAGGAGUAUGAUGAUGCACUGAGCUCCGGUCAGCAGGCCUUCCUGUUGGAGGAGAGUGAGCAGAGUCCAGAUAUAUUCUCUCUGAGUGUGGGCAGCCUGCCUCCAGGAGAGAGUGCCUCCAUCAGGCUGGAGUACGUCACUGAGCUGGCUGUGCAGGCUGAUGAUGGGCUGAGGUUUUGUCUGCCUGCUGUGCUCAACCCUCGCUACCAACCUCAGGGUAGUGAAGGUGCCAGUGUCCAGGUGACCUCUGUUCCAGCCUCUCUGGUGCCCUACAGUCUGUCUUUCUCUGCCCGACUGUCCUCUCCUCGUCCAGUCUCUAAAGUAGAGUCUAACUGUUCCCUGGAUCCUCUGCAGUACCUCAACACAGAGCAAACCCAGGCCACGGUCAAGUUGGCUGCAGGACACAAGUUUGACAGAGAUGUUGAACUGUUGAUUUAUUACAAAGAUGCCCACCAGCCCACUGCUGUGGUGGAGGCAGGACAGGCGUCUGCCAAGCCUGGCACUCUGAUGGGUGAUCCAGUAGUGAUGCUGAGCCUGUACCCUGAGUUCCCCCAGGCUUUGAUGUCUUCAGUCGCCCCAUGUGGAGAGUUUGUGCUCUUAUUGGAUCGAUCUGGCAGUAUGCAGGGAGAACGUAUGAAGAGUGCCAAGGAUACUCUGCUGCUCCUGUUGAAGAGCUUACCAAUGGGCUGCUAUUUCAACAUCUACAGUUUCGGGUCCCACUAUGAACACAUCUUCUCUAAGAGUGUGGAGUACAGCCAGAAGACCCUGGAAAAGGCUCUGAAAAACGUUGAAGUGAUGGACGCUGAUCUGGGAGGAACAGAGAUCCUUCAGCCCCUCGAACAUAUUUACAGCCAGCCAACCAUUCCCAAUCAACCUAGACAACUGUUUGUCUUUACUGACGGAGAGGUGGAGAACACCAAACAAGUCAUCAAUCUGGUGAAGAAGAAUUCAGGUUCCCACAGGUGCUUCUCUUUUGGGAUUGGGGAAGGGGCCAGCUCUGCUCUUAUCAACGGGUUGGCCAAGGAAGGAAGAGGCCACGCUCAGUUCAUCACAGGGGAAGAGAGGAUGCAGCCUAAAGUGAUGCAGUCGCUGCGAUUUGCUCUCCAGCCAGCUGUGGUGGACGUCUCAGUCGAGUGGGAUGUGCCAGAGGGAGUUUCUGUUGCUGCUCUCUCCCCACCAAUCACAACACUUUUCCAGGGUCAAAGGUCGCUUAUUUACGCCCAGCUGACUGGACAGAGUUCAGAGGCAGCAGGGGGCUGUGUGACGGUAAAGUACAGCCUAGCAGGUCAUCCCUGUCAGAACCAGCUCCACUUCAGUCUCACACCUGCAGACGACACUGGAUUAACAGUUCACAGGUUGGCUGCUUGGACUCUGAUCCGCUCCCUGGAAGUCGAGGAGGAAAAGGAAGGAGGAGAUGAGGAAGUGAAGAAGACGGUGGUGGAGCUCAGUGUCCAAUCAGGAGUGAGCAGUGCCUUCACUGCCUUUGUUGCUGUCAACAAAGGCAACGGCGAGGCGAUUCAGGGACCUAUGGCUAUUGUAAACGUCCCAGUAUCCAGUUACAGAUUUCUUCCUGGUUACGUGUUUGCUCCCGAUGACACUGUGCUAUUGUCUGCAGAAUUUGCUACCAGAUGUGCUUCUUAUAAACUGUGUGCUCUCGAUGACCCUGUGCCAUAUUCUACAAAAUUUGCUAACAGAUAUGUUUCUUAUGGUCUGUUUGACCCCAGUGACUCUGUGCCAUGGUCUACAAAAUUUGACUCUGCAAUAACGAAGGUACAAUCAGUUUUCAGCAGAAUUAGCAGCUCCUUUAAGCGUGGUAAGAAGGCCUCAUCUCAGACCAAUGCUCCAUGUGGGGUUGCAGGUACCUUCCUGCAACUGGUCUCCCUCCAGAAGGCGUCUGGCUGCUGGGAGCUGGAUCCAGAUCUGGCUGCUGCACUGGGAAAGACCACCGAUGAGGUGGAAAAGUCAAAACCUGCAUCGGAGAACAAAGAAGUGUGGGCCACCAUUCUGGCUCUGAUCUGGCUUCAUGGUUUCAAGAUGGAUGCUAAGGAUGAGUGGGAGCUUCUGGCAAUGAAGGCUGUGUCAUGGCUCCGUGCUCAGAGUGCACCAUGUGUGACAGAGUGUGUAGAAGCUGGGAAUGCUCUGCUGGGUGUCAACGUGCAGAAAGAUGCCCUGGGACUGUGAAGUUGUCAUCAAAGCGGUUUCUCUUUAGGAUUGGUAUACUGAAGCAGAUUUACUCGAGCCUCUGCUGUAUUUUCUCAACGUUGCACCUCAUUCUAUGCACUAUUCACAUUGCACUGCCAAACUCCAUGGAGAUGUGCACAGAGAAACACGUGUUGUGCCUUGCUGUCCUCACUAUAUUUGCACUGUACUUCAUCCAUCAGCCAUGUAACGGCAAAAAACAAAUGAAGCUCUUCUGUUUUAAGAUGGUUGAUGUUGCUUUUUAUCUGAAACAGUCUUUAUUCAUCUGUGAUAUUUUGACAAAGUGAAUGCAAAUGCACCAUUAAAAUGUAAACUGACAAUACAAUACAUGCACUUGAGUGGACACUGAAACUAAUGUAUCUAUCGGCCAGAAUUAUACUACUUUUCCUGUCCUGUCCAGCCUAUAAUCCACAUAAAAAUCUAUAUGAAAACAAGAUUGUGAGCUUUGUUCUUAAUGUUGUGUCAUUACUGGGGAAGUUUUUUAAUAGAUUAAAUGCAGAUACAUUAAGACUGUCCCCAAUUGUAUUGUGUAUUUGUAUGUAUUCUAUGCUAAUAUGUCUAUGUUACUAGAGUCCGGGCAGCUAAGAUGCCAGGACACUAUUGUAAUCCUCGGUAUUCUUCUUAUUCUCCUUUCUUCUUCCGAGGAAAUCAUACUUCCCAUGGGUGAAAACUCACCAAACUUUGCACAAAGGUCCAGUCUCAUGCCAGAUAUUCUCAGCUGUAAACUCAAGCCAAUAGUCCUGAUGGUGGCGCUACAGCAAGCAUCUAAAGUUCAAAACUUUCAAAAUUCAUAAAUCAACCAUAUGUGCUACAACUUCACAACUUUCAUCAAACUGUGGCCCCAAUACUGAAGAAACAUUUGUACAUUUAAACCUAUUAAAAAUUAUGAAUUUCAUCAGUUUUUUUCAAAAACUCUGAAACUUCUUAAACCUAUCUCCUCCCACAAUUUUUGCUCAAUUGACACCAACUUUGCUACAGAGUAUCUUCAGACUGUCCUACACAAACGAUCCACACGGAUUUCUGAUUUAUCAAAAAUUCAGCCUACAGUGCAUCAAAAUGUUUGACUGUAAACGGUACUGUAAACAUAUACAUGCAAAUUCUUGCUAAAUACAUCUUCAGUGUUCAUGAAAAAAUGACAAAAUUCUAGAGUCAUGGUAGAUGAUGUGUGGCAAAUUUCAGAAUUUUAUCUCAAAAACUGAAUUUUUGACAGCAUUUUGAAUUUUGCUCCAAUGUGAACAAUUGGAGUCAAUGUAAAAAUGGCAAUUUUAAACAUCAGUUUUUCACUUAUGGAGCAAAUCAGUCAUUGUUACAAACAAAUUACCAACAUC